ACACAUACUCACAUUUUAGUUUACAGAGUUGGAAUCUUCACCAAUUUUUAUGAGCAUUUUAUGUAUAUAGGCAUUGUAGUAGGCAAAGUACUUCUGAAGAAAUAUUGGCUUUGUAUUAAAGCUGACAUAUUUUAAUUAUGGUAGAUAAGAACCUUCCUUGCCUGGCUGAAGCUCAAGCUACUAUAACCAUCUGUGAGCGGGUAGCUCCCCGACUAUCUCAUGCCAACUCAGCAGUGGUGCUUUCAGCAGUAAAAGUCCUAAUGAAAUUUCUAGAGUUAUUACCUAAGGACUCUGACUACUACAAUAUGCUGCUGAAGAAGUUGGCCCCUCCACUUGUCACUUUACUGUCUGGGGAGCCAGAGGUGCAGUACGUCGCCCUGAGGAACAUCAACCUAAUUGUCCAGAAAAGGCCUGAAAUCUUGAAGCAGGAAAUCAAAGUCUUCUUUGUGAAGUACAAUGACCCUAUCUAUGUUAAACUAGAGAAGUUGGACAUAAUGAUUCACUUGGCAUCCCAAGCCAACAUUGCUCAGGUUCUAGCAGAACUGAAGGAGUAUGCCACAGAGGUGGAUGUUGACUUUGUUCGCAAAGCUGUGCGGGCCAUUGGGAGGUGCGCCAUCAAGGUGGAGCAGUCUGCAGAGCGCUGUGUGAGCACAUUGCUUGAUCUCAUCCAGACCAAAGUAAAUUAUGUGGUCCAAGAGGCGAUUGUUGUCAUCAGGGACAUUUUUCGCAAAUACCCCAACAAGUAUGAAAGUAUCAUCGCCACUCUGUGUGAGAACUUAGACUCGCUGGAUGAGCCAGAUGCUCGAGCAGGAAUGAUUUGGAUUGUGGGAGAAUAUGCUGAAAGAAUUGACAAUGCAGAUGAGUUACUAGAGAGCUUUCUGGAGGGUUUUCAUGAUGAAAGCACCCAGGUUCGGGGUGCUGCUGCUGGUCAAGACCACACAACUUUGACUUAGAGCAGUAGUGGCUUAACAGGUGCAGCUCACUCUGCUUACUGCCAUCGUAAAGUUGUUUCUCAAGAAACCAUCAGAAACACAGGAGCUGGUACAACAGGUCUUGAGUUUGGCAACACAGGAUUCUGAUAAUCCUGACCUUCGAGGCCCGGGGCUGUA